AUGCAGCAGCAGGGUGCAUAUCUGUUACCGGUCAGCCUCACGGGCGAUCGCCCCGCUACGGACUAUCGCCCCAGUGUGAAGAAGGCUGAGGGCCGUGUCCCCGCAUGUCUUGUCAAUGCCUCGGCCACAUACGGAGGAAACGAUCAGAUCUACGCCUUUGGUGGAUUUGACCAAUACACAGAUGAAGUCUACAAUCAUGUGCUCCGCCUGGACUUGAACACUCUCCGAUGGGAUUUGGUUGACAACUACGGUGAUAUCCCAGGUGUCCGUAUGGGACACACUGCCACAUUGUAUCAAGGCAACAAACUGAUUGUUUUUGGCGGCGAGAACGAGCAUCGCGAAUACCUCUCUGACGUUGUUAUCCUCGACCUUCAAACCUUCCACUGGACACUCCCCGAGAUCAUAGGUGGUGUGACCGGGGAAAACAAUGUGAUUUUAGAUGACUUGACAUAUUUGGACCUCCAAACAUGGACCUGGUCUCGAACAUGGAGCUUCACAGCUCGAUUUGAUCACACGGCAUGGGUCUGGGGUAAUCGACUAUGGAUAUUUGGAGGUUUGGGUCCCAACAUGGAACGAACGACUGAUAUCUGGUGGCUCGACCUCAAAGGCUCCCCCUCCCUUGCCGGUAUCUCAACCCCUCAAGGUACCGUGAACUCCCCGGAUGCACGAUUACCUGUUGCUCAUUACCCAGCUUCUGUUUCUACUAGCGUCCAGGUGCGCAACAUUGGGCGCCGUAAACCCCUUGCCCCCGGCGCUAUCUCCUGUCUUCGAUUCCAUUCUGGCCCCAAUGUUCCUUCUUUGUUUUCUGGGACUCAUUUCCAAUCAUUUGCAUCCGGAGUACUUCUUGACUUGAUUACCCCUUCGGAGACUGUCCGGUCACAAGAUUGUAACCUAGCCGCGCUUGAACUCAAUUCCUUGCGUUGGCAACGACUAGCUGAUGGAAAUGAGAUUUUCAGGCCUGGCUAUCGAUGGCACUACUGCACCGUCAAUGAAGCCGGAACAAAGGCCUGGUUGCUUGGGUGCAGUCUUGACCUAGCGAAUGCUACCGGGGCGGGUGACGAAAACUUGAUGAGUGAGGUUCUUUCUAUUGACCUAGAAAAAUAUGGCCUGUUGGGGAAUGAUUUGUCUACUGAAGUUCCCGAGCAGGAUUCCCCCUGGCCUGAGAGGUCUGGGCACUCGCCAGCAUCAGGCUUGGGAGCGGAUUUAUCAUAUGUUUUCGACCAGCAUCCCGAGUCUGGUAGUGGUGCUGAUUUCGUCAUCACCGCCAUUCGUGACGAUGAAGAUAUGAUGAGCUCAGUUGACUUUGACACGCCCGCUGGAUCUCCAACCCACAAUCAGGCAACUUUUGUCGAGUCCAAUCCGUCGACAUCGGAACCAAUCCAUGUUCACAAAAUUAUCCUACAACUACGGUGGCCGCACUUUAAACGCCUUUAUGCGGCGCAAAUGGCUGAAUACCAUACAAAACGCAUGCACAUUCCCGAGCCAUACUCAGUCGUGCGUGCAUUUCUGUAUUACCUCUACACGGAUAGUAUCGCUGGUCAUCCUGAGUACUGUUCCAGUGUGGUUGAUGUGGCUGGCAUGCUAGUAAUGGCUAAUCUCUAUGACAUGCCGAAGCUUCGGCUUCUCUGCGUGAAUCGUCUCGGUCGCGAAAUCGAUGUGGACAAUGCUGCAAUUGUCUGGGAGCGGGCUGGGAGAACCAACGAGCAUUGGCUGAUGCGGCGGGCCGCUCAGUUUUGUCUUGCUAACUGGGGUCGCAUAGUGCGAACUGAUGGCUUCAAAUCUCUCAGCCAUCAGAGUUUGAUUCAGCUCUGUGAGGUUGUGGAUACUGAAGGUCGUAUCAUUGCCGGUCCAGAGUUGGAGUUGGUUGGAGAUGGAUCGUGUGAUCAUGGGAAGGGAACACGCUUACGCCUAGGUUCUACCACAGAUGAUAUGUCUGAGCUUGAUGGGGAUGAUGAAGGAAUGGAAAUCUCAUGA